AUGUCAGAAGACAAUGAGGGGGUCACUUUCGGUAUUUAUUGGACGGUAGGCAUAGGCUAUGGAGAGCAGGGUCCUUCCUCUUCAUAUAUCAACGAAACCAUAACUGGUAAUCAUCACGUACGCGUUCGAGUAGUGAUGGACGAUAAGGAGCAAAAGCGACAAAUGUCUGAAGAGCAUCGUCAUUUUGGCAUAGUAGAACUGGUUCCGAAACCGGUCCUCAGAGAACUUGUGCAUCCUGCGGCCUUGACAUGA